GAAACGGAAGCGGAGCCGGCCCCGCCCCGCGAGCGGCCAUCUUGGAGGCUGAGGCGGCGGAGGCGCUGCGGCGGCUUCGGUGGGCCCAGUGCCGGCGCGGCGCGGCUGUUUCGGGCGCGGGCCCCGCUCUUCCGCACCCUGCUCCGGCCUCGACCACGGCGAGCCUGAGCGCGGCGGCAGGGAGAGGUGAGCGCGCUCUCGGGCCUGCGCCGGGUGCUCGGGCCCGCUCGUCCGCCCCUCCGGAGCCGGCCACGGCGGCGGCCCGGGGCUGCGGGGGACCCUGCGCGCCGCCCCUCGGUUCGCGCCGCCUCCCGCGGCUCCCGGCCCGAGCUCGCCUGCGCGGAACCCGAGAUGAGCAGCACCAGCACUAAGAGGGCUCCAACCACAGCGACCCAGAGGCUGAAGCAGGACUACCUUCGCAUCAAGAAAGACCCGGUGCCUUACAUCUGCGCUGAGCCCCUCCCUUCGAAUAUUCUCGAGUGGCACUAUGUCGUCAGAGGCCCAGAGAUGACCCCUUAUGAAGGUGGCUAUUAUCAUGGAAAACUAAUUUUUCCCAGAGAAUUUCCUUUUAAACCUCCCAGUAUUUAUAUGAUAACUCCCAAUGGAAGAUUUAAGUGCAACACCAGGCUGUGUCUUUCUAUCACGGAUUUCCACCCGGACACGUGGAACCCAGCCUGGUCUGUCUCCACCAUCCUGACUGGACUCCUGAGCUUCAUGGUGGAGAAGGGCCCCACCCUGGGCAGCAUAGAGACGUCGGACUUCACGAAAAGACAGCUGGCAGCGCAGAGUUCAGCGUUUAAUUUAAAAGAUAAAGUCUUUUGUGAAUUAUUUCCUGAAGUUGUGGAGGAAAUUAAACAAAAGCAGAAAGCACAAGACGAACUCAGUAGCAGACCCCAGACUCUCCCCUUGCCAGACGUGGUUCCAGACGGGGAGACACACCUCGUCCAGAACGGGAUUCAGCUUCUCAACGGGCACGCGCCAGGGGCCGUCCCAAACCUCCCAGGGCUCCAGCAGGCCAACCGGCACCACGGACUCCUGGGUGGCGCCCUGGCGAACUUGUUUGUUAUAGUCGGGUUUGCAGCCUUCGCCUACACCGUCAAGUACGUGCUGAGGAGCAUCGCGCAGGAGUGAGGCCUGGCAUCGAGACCAAGGCGCCACUGAGGGCGCGUCGCACGAGCGUGACCUGGGCCGGCCAGACAUGCUGCCCAGCACAGGCACACCCACCAGGCUCCUGGCUUUAGGUUUUAAAAACCUGGAAAGGAAAGCAAAAGCCAAAAUGUGUGACUGGGCUUCGGAGGAGACUGGAGACAGCCCUGCCCUGGCCAUGUGCCGCGGGGGCUGGCGUGGAGGGGCCGCCGGCUGCGGGUUUUGUAGCAUAUCUUCUGUGUUGUCUUUGGAUCUGUUUUAGUAAACCCGUUUUCCAUUUUA